AUUAUUUACACCGAGGCGCGUUCACGUCCGCUCGCUCCGCGUUCACUUGUCACCUCAUUAAACCGUCUCAACCUCCGUGAACCUUCAACACUCUGUCGGUAUCACAUCCACAUAAACUCGGAUAUAUCGCCCUGACAGCUACAAGAUGUGGAAGUCAGUCGUGGGCCACAAUGUGAGCAUGAAGGUGGCUGCAGAGGGAGACGACUGGGAGACGGACCCCGACUUUGAGAAUGACGUGUCCGAGCAGGAGCAGAGGUGGGGAGCCAAGACCAUCGAGGGUUCAGGACGUAAAGAGCACAUCAGUAUUGCAGAGCUCAGAAACAAUGUGGCCGUGGAGCACGAGAAGGUGAAGCAAGCGGACGACAAGCCCAAAGCGUCAUACGGGUAUGGAGGGAAGUUUGGAGUGGAGAGGGACCGAAUGGACAAGGCAGCUUUGGGGCACGACUACGUGGCACAAGUUGAGCAACACUCCUCCCAGAAAGAUGCAGCGAAAGGGUUCGGUGGGAAAUAUGGUGUUCAGAAAGACCGCGUGGACAAGUCUGCUGUGGGCUUUGGAUACAAAGAAAAGGUGGAGCAACAUGCGUCUCAGAAAGAUUACUCAAAGGGAUUUGGAGGAAAGUACGGGGUGGAGAAGGAGAAAGUGGACAAAGCUGCAUUAGGGUACGAUUAUAAAGGCGAGACGGAGAAGCACCAGUCGCAAAAAGACUAUGCUAAGGGAUUUGGAGGAAAGUACGGAGUGGAGAAGGAGAAGGUGGACAAAGCGGCUUUGGGGUACGACUACAAAGGAGAAACAGAGAAGCACCAGUCACAGAAAGAUUACGCCAAGGGAUUUGGAGGAAAGUACGGAGUGGAGAAGGAGAAAGUGGACAAAGCUGCUCUGGGCUACGAUUAUAAAGGCGAGACGGAGAAACAUCAGUCACAGAAAGAUUAUUCAGCAGGUUUUGGAGGUCGUUAUGGAGUACAGGCAGACCGCAUGGACAAGAGUGCAGCUGGCUUCUCAGACAUGGACUCCCCGACCUCGGCUUACGAAAAGACACAACCGUUAGAGGCUUCGAGUGCAGGUGCGGGAAACCUGAAGGCUCGUUUUGAGAACAUGGCCAAGGCUUCAGAUGAGGAGAACAGGAAGAGAGCAGAAGAAGAGAAGGCGAGGAGACAAGCCAGAGAGAGCAGAGAGCGAGAGCUGGCCAAACGCAGACAAGAGGAGGAGAGCAGAAGAGAGAAGGAAAUUCCACCUCCUGUUCCAGAUGUGUCUCCACGGUAUCAAAUGCCACCAGAACCAGAAGUCCACCAGCACAUGCCAGAUAUCGAAGAAACACCAGAGCCAGAGCCAGAGCCAGAACCAUCUUUCCAGGAGGAACCCGAGUAUGAAGAGCCCCCAGCUUUACCUCCACGCUCAGACGAUUUCCUUGAACCGGACGCUCCCCCGCUACCACACAGGUCAGCUGAUGUGGACGAGGAGGAGAACGACGGAGAGUAUGAGGAACUUGAACCGCCUCCUCCUGUGCCGCCAGUUGAAGACGAUUAUGAAGACCUGACGUGUGGCCAGAAGGCAGUAGCACUUUAUGACUACGAAGGAGAGGCUGAUGAUGAGAUCUCCUUCAAUCCGGAUGACAUCAUCACCAACAUCGAGAUGAUUGACGAGGGCUGGUGGAAGGGACAGUGUCACGGGCGCAUGGGUCUCUUCCCGGCAGCUUAUGUUCAGCUGAUGCAGUGAGUGACAGGCUCAGGGGGUCUUUGAACAAGCCUCACUUUUGUACAAUCUCAGGUUUCAUAGGUUUUUCAACCAAAGAACAUGAAGUAAAAUUCAUUUUAGCAUUGUAUUUAUAGAAUAAAUCACAGCAGAUUUGUGCCAAAAUGGCUCCUGAGCAACUGAUUUCUAUACAUUUACCUUGUAAUAUUUAGCUGAAGGGAACGUGGCAAUGAGUAACCGAGGGCAGAAUGACCAAAUCAUAAUAGUGGCUCGCAAAAAAGUUGGUACGCUGUGUAAAACAUGAAUAAAAUGAGUGCAAUCAUUUACAAACUGUAUUUACAGAUCAUGUGAAUGUCUGAGCCUUUGGAGGAUGUCCCUUUCAUAGACAAUCAUGAUACAGUUACCAAUGAACUUGUUUCUCACGUGUUUUCAAAACCUUCCUCAACUUUCGUCUCCCUGUCCCGACUGGUAGCUUCGUUUGAUGUUUAUGAGGUAAAACAUUAAAAUAUAUUGUCUUUGUAUUGUUUACAAGUGCAUAAAGGAUUAGAAAAUGAUCAUAUUCAGUUCUAUUUGUUUUACACAGGGUAACAACUUAAGGUAAAUAUAUCUUGUAUCUGCAAUUAACUCAUUGGGGUCAAUAAAAUAUUCUACAGACAA